AUGCUCCAAUUUCCGUAUGUAUUUUCUCCUCACAUCUCUACUCGCCUAUCCCCCUGCGUUCCGUCCUCGACUUCCUUCGUCCUCCCCUUUAACAUCCCCUCCCGUUUCUUCCCCCUCCCGUUUCUUCCCCCUCCCGUUUCUUCCCCCUCCCGUUUCUUCCCCCUCCCGUUUCUUCCCCCUCCCGUUUCUUCCCCCUCCCGUUUCUUCCCCCUCCCGUUUCUUCCCCCUCCCGUUUCUUCCCCCUCCCGUUUCUUCCCCCUCCCGUUUCUUCCCCCUCCCGUUUCUUCCCCCUCACGUUUCUUCCUCCCCAUACCCUUCCUUUAUUUCUUCUCUCUGCUGCUCAAAGCAGACGAGUUUCAAAACACCAAGGUAUCGGACGUGGCAGGAUCCUUCCGAUGGGCGCCGUUCCUCCCGGUAACCCCCGACGACUCGCUCCUCACGCUGCUCCUGCUGGUGUCCAAGUACCGCGUGCGAUCCGUGCCCGUGGUGGAGGCGGGCCAGCCGGCCGUGCUGAACCUGGUCACGCAGAGCAGCGUGGUGGAGGUGCUCUCUGACUGCCACGGCCUGCCCUGGUUCGACCGCCUGGCGGACCGGCCUAUUUGCGACCUCGGCCUGCCCACGCUGCCCGGAGAUAAAGUGGUCGUGGUGGAGGACGAUGCGCCGGUGCUGGAGCCGUUUCGGCGCAUGCUGGCGGCGGGGGUGGGGGGGGUGCCGGUGGUGGCCAAGGGCACGCGGCAGGUGGUGGGGAGCAUCAGCGUGAGAGACAUCCAGCUGCUGCUCGUCGCUCCCCAGCUCUUCCACGACUGCAGGUCGCUGACAGUGGCGCAGUUUCUGGAGAUAGCCAAGGGGCGCGGCUCCUCCACCGGGCUCAUCUCCCCAGCAGCCAUCCCCCCGACACGCUGCCGUGCCAACACGCCCCUGCGCCGCGUGAUGCACGCGCUGCAGGCAGCGCGCGUGCACCGCGUGUACGUGACGGACGAGGUGGGCGAGCUGCAGGGCGUGGUGACGCUGAGGGACAUCAUCGGGAAAUUUGUUGUCGAGCCUCCGGACUACUUUGGGGAUUUCUUUGGCGGCGUGGUGCCGGACGUGCAUCCGACUGCCUCCGCGCCCAUGUGGCUGCAUGCGGACUGGGAUAUUGGGGGCGGGUGGUGA